AUGAAUUGGAAUCUUAUUCUUUUCUUUGCUAUUUUUAUAUUCUCACGAGCGCAAUCAUCAACGAAAAAUCCUUUUGCGAAUUGCAAAAAUGUAACCACAAAUCAUUCUCCAAAUCUCUGCUAUCGAUGGCAUCUUUACGUGUUCGCAAUGUUGACACCAAACGGUUUUGAAAAAUUCGAAGAAAUGAUAAAAACUCUUUCCGGGCCAUGUGCUGAAUUUGAAGGGAAUAUGACCGAGUCGGAAAGAGGAAAGAUCACCUACUUGGUUCCAUACGAUAAUGCGACUUACGAGCAAUUUUUCGGCGACGAUAUGAACCCGGAGAUACCAGCGAAAUUUUUGGAUGAUCAUCGACGAAACUAUUCAAAUACGUUUUUCGCUGAUGAAAUCAUGGGAAAAAUGAAAAAAAACGAGACUGACAUCGCGAGGGCGCUUUAUUUGAUCACGGAUCAAGACUGCAAGAAUGGAUUGUUGAACGAAUUCGCCGAUUUGGACAUCAAGACUUUGAGUGACGCGAUCGUUCUUUAUCAGGUCCCUGUCCGGCAAAUUCUCGUGAAUUAUAGAACUAUCGUAAUCAUAUUUACACUCGAGCGACCAAUUUUGUUAUCAUUGUCUUGUGAUUUCAAAACGAAUCCCAAAAUUGAGCUGAUUACGGAUGCUUUCUACGAUUCCUGUGGGGUUACAUUGAUCUACCAAAGGACAAAGGGUUUAUUCGAUGUUUCAUUUGGAACCGAUUUGUGCUUUGUUCGAGAGAAUGGACUUUGUUCGGGAAAUCCUGCGUGUCUCCCAGCGCCACCAGAGACUAAAACGAAAAAGCCAAAGUCUUCAAAUGCUGGAGCUUGGGGCUACAUAGCUGGCGCAAUUGGUGGAGUCGUUUUGUUCAUGCUGUUUUGUCUUGGUUUACGCUUUGGCUCUCUUCACUUUUGUCCACAAUGGACAUUGAAGAAGAUGCGAUCGGAUAUCUGGAAAAUUCGAGACUAUUUACCGGAAGAGGAGCGAGCCGAACUGGAUGCGAUGAAAGUGGCGGCGACGACGGCGAGAAAUGAUUACAUGAAUCAUGUUGUGCACAGGACUUUGUCAGGAGACGGACGAGUUCGCGACAAAUGGGAAAUCGAACAGUCGUCUUUGGUGUUGACCUCGAUAAAGCUCGGAUCAGGAGCUUAUGCUGUUGUCUAUAAAGGAUUGCUCAAAGAUCCGUCACCAUUCGAAAAGAUGCAUUCGCAUUCAAAGACGCAAUCACUCACUAAAGUAGCUGUCAAAAUGUGUCAUCCGCAUGCGACAAGAGAAGACAAAAUCGAGAUGAUUCGUGAAAUCGACUUCAUGAUUGGUUUGGAGAAUGGUCUCUCAAAAAGUGAUCUUUUGCCAAUCGCCUGGCAGAUCAGCGAUGCUUUGCUUUACCUUUCUGGGAAAAAGAUCAUUCAUCGCGAUGUGGCCGUGAGAAAUGUGUUGAUCACGGGACAGAAUCUGGCUAAAUUGGCAGAUUUUGGUCUUUGUCGUGAGAGCAAUUCUCUAUUUUAUACGUCAAGAGGCGGUCGUUUACCGAUUAAAUGGAUGGCUCCAGAGAGCCUCAAAACCGCCGAAUUCACUGAGAAAACUGAUGUUUGGUCUUUUGGUGUUUUGCUAUGGGAAUUGUACACAUUCGGGAACUCACCAUUCGUCAGUAUUGACGCUGAAGACGUGUUUGAGCAUAUCAAGAAGGGGAAUCGCUUGGAGAUGCCUGAGGAUUCGCCUGAACUUAUCAAAGCUCUCUCCUUUCAAUGCUGGGCAUUUGAUCCGAUCGAUCGGCCGAAUUUCGAGAAAAUUCGCUCACUUUUAUAUAAAUCGCUGGAGAUCGAGGCAUCGGACGGAUAUUUGGACUUUCGAAGGAAUCGAAUUGACGAUACUGUAUCGAUUACAAGUGAACAAGGGGAAAAGAUUGAAAUGGAUGAAAUGGAUGACAAUGAAGUGUUGCAAGGACAAGCUCAAACAGAGAUCUCUCGUUAUGAAUCAGAAAGACGAGUUUUGAAAACUGUAGCAAUUGUUACAAUUGAGCAAGAAAAUGAGGCUGAAUUGAAAGACGAGGAGAGAAACGGUGAAGUGGCUGAGGAAAUGGAUGAGGAAAUGGAUGAAGAGAUCUUUGAGGCUUCAGAUUUAAGGGUUCAGGGUAUUGUAUCGAUUAAAAUUGAAGAAAGAGACAAAAAUGGUGAGGCGAAAGAAUCGAUUCAACAAGUGAUAAGACUUAGAGAUGAAGAAAACGAUGAAGAAACGCAAAAAGAGCUCUCCGAGACACCGAUCUAUUCG